AUGGAGAUCGACAAAAAUGCCCACCUCUUGCCCAAUAUGACACUGGGUUACCUCUACUCUCUUAAUAUGAAUAAUGAAUUUGGAAACUGUUAUGGGACUAUGGAUGCCCUUUUCUUUCUUCAGGGGAGCCCCGUUAACUACAACUGUGGAAAGACAAAGAAGCUAAUGGCCAUCAUUGGAGGACUCACUCCUCAUAACUCCAACCAAAUGCCCCACAUCUUAAAUGUCUACAAAAUGCCACAGCUCAGUCAUGGCUCCUUUGACUCUGCUUUGAGUGAUAAAACACAGUUCCCUUCUCGGUAUCGGAUGAUCGCAAAUGAAAGUUCUCAGUAUGAUGGGAUAGUUCAGCUGUUUCAGCAUUUUGGAUGGACCUGGAUUGGCCUUUUUGUUUUAGAUGAUGACAGUGGAGAAAUGGUAUUGAGGACUCUCAUUCCCUUACUGCUCGAGAACAAUAUUUGUAUUGCUUUUAAGGAAAUUAUUCCAACACCAAAGGAGGUCAAUCAUGACACAACGCAAGUUGAUAAGAAAUUGGAUAGAAUAAUUUCUGUUCUCUCAUCAACCAAAAUAAAUGUUUUUCUUCUUCAUGGGGAUUCACGGUCUAUGGACACCUUACGACUGAUUCUGGCACUAUAUGAAAACUUUGAAAUGAGACCAAUAGAGAGGGUUUGGAUUACAACAGCUCACUUGGAUAUUGUAUCUGCUGUACAUAAUGCUUUAUUCCCAGUAAAAUCCCUAAAUGGCACCUUGUCCUUCACAUUCCAUAGCAAUGAUUUAGCAGAAUACAAAGAAUAUCUUGAGGCUUUAAAUCCUAUACAAUUUGAUCUUUAUUAUUUCCAUGUGUUCUGGUCACAUGCUUUUUGGUGCAAAGCCCCCAAAUCUGAAUAUUAUUUACCAGGUGGACGAAUCUGUACUGGAGGCGAGAAGUUGCGGAGCCUCCCUGGAAGUGUAUUUGAAAUGGGAAUGCCUGGCCAGAGCUACAGUAUCUACAAUGCUCUUUAUGCUGUAGCACAUGCUCUUCAUGCCAUGAUUUCAUCAACAUCUAAACAGAAAAGAAAGGGAGAUGGAGCCACAUGGAACCUUCUCAAUAUUCAUCCAUGGCAGCUUCACUCCUACCUGAAAAACAUACGCUUCAACAAUAGUGCUGGGGAAGAAAUAUUUUUUGAUGAUAAUGGAGAAUUGGCAACUGGAUAUGAUAUCAUCAACACAGUCACAUUCCUCAAUCAGUCCAUCCGUCGAAUCUGUGUUGGAAGUUUGGACCCACAGGCUCCUGAAGGAAAACAGUUCACCAUCAAUGGAAGUACUAUUGUGUGGAAUCACAAGUUUAACCAGACACUACCUGAAUCCACAUGUGUUGAUAGUUGCCAUCCCGGACACAGCAGUAUUGUGCGUGAGGGUGAAGAGAUUUGCUGUUAUGAUUGUGCUCAGUGCUCUGAAGGAACGUUUUCAAACAUGACCGAUGCAAAGCAUUGCAACAAGUGUCCUGAGGAUCAUCAUCCAAACAAGAAACAGGAUCAGUGCAUCCUCAAGCACAUAAGCUAUCUGUCUUAUGGAGAGCCUUUGGGAAUACUUCCAGCUUCAUUUGCUCUUUUCCUUUCUCUGAUCACCCUUGCAGUAAUGCAGAUCUUCAUUCAGCAUCAGAAUACUCCCAUUGUCAAAGCCAACAACUGGAACAUCACAUGCACCCUCCUCAUUUCCCUUUUGCUUUGCUUUUUAUGUUCCUUCUUUUUCAUUGGACAGCCUGGGAAGGUGACCUGCCUUCUCCGUCAAGCAGUGUUUGGAAUCAUCUUCUCCCUUGCUGUUUCUUGUGUAUUGGCUAAAACUAUCACUGUGGUUCUGGCCUUCAUGGCCACCAAGCCAGGAAACAGGAUGAGGAAAUGGGUAGGGAAGAGGCUGGCAGUCUCAUUAAUCAUCCUGUGCACUCUGAUUCAAACUGGAAUCUGUGUAGUGUGGCUGGCAACCUCUCCUCCCUUCCCAGAGUUUGACAUGCAUUCCCAGAUUGAUCAGAUCAUUGUGCAAUGCAAUGAAAGCUCAGUCUCAAUGUUUUAUACUGUCCUGGGCUACAUGGGGCUUCUGGCCAUCAUCAGCUUCAUAGUGGCUUUCUUUGCCAGGAAGUUGCCUGAUACUUUUAAUGAAGCGAAGCUCAUCACCUUUAGUAUGUUGGUGUUUUGCAGUGUUUGGUUGUCCUUUAUCCCAACUUACCUGAGUGCGAAGGGGAAAUACAUGGUGGCCGUGGAGAUCUUCUCCAUCUUGGCCUCUAGUGCUGGAUUACUGGGUUGCAUCUUUCUCCCCAAAUUCUACAUUAUUGUACUGAGGCCUGAUCUGAACACCAGAGAUCAACUAGUAAGGAAAAAGAAUUGA